CUCGAGAAACCUAAGACAGCAGACGCUUAACCUCAAAAUCAAGUGAAUUAAAGAAAAAAAAUGAUGUUGCAAAGCUUCUUCGUUAUCCUGGUUCUGUGCGGAUUGGUGCUACCAACACUGUCACUGACUCAAAAGGUACUAUUUCUCAUUUCACAAGCAAGCUAUGUUUGCUAACUGAGCAAUUCUGGUCUCAUCUCUUUUGGUUAUCAUACAACUUUUCACAUUUAAAGUAUUUUUCUAGCAUAAAAUAGAAAUACUUCAUCGACGACAAAGUCUGAAUAACUGUAAACAAAUUACCUAAACACAAAACAAGUGUAACUCCUAAGAUAUAUAUAUAUAUAUAUAUAUAUAUACAGGGUGUAUAAAAAAAAACGCAACCUCGGAAUUUCCUAAGAAAUUACUUUGCAAUUCUUAAGCAUAAAAGAUUUUAAGCCCCUGGGAAUUGAAAUCGAAUUGCUAAUAGAUCUUAUUACUGUUGUUGUGCAUUAAAUAAAUGCAUAAAUUUUGCUUUAUGCACUCGCGUGUGCAAUAAUUUUGACAGUUGUGCUAUUUUAAAUUCCCAUAUAUAUAUAUAUAUAUAUAUUUAUAUCUGAUAAAACACUCCUACAAGUGCUUUAAAUGGCUUAAAAAACGACUGAUCUUAUAUGAGUUCAUUGGCGAAGUAAUUUUUAAAAUAAACUUUGUCUAAACCGACAAAAUCAAAGCUAAAGUUUAUGUAAAUUAACAUGAUUUUUUUUUGGAGCGUUUAAUUAAUUAACUAUUCAAGGUGUAUAGCCAUGCCUGCACAUUCUUUCACUGUAAAUUCAAAAGAAAGUUCUGGGGUUCUGAACUCUUUUGAAUUAACAGUGCUGAAACGGAAAUCCAUAUACAGCUAUCUAGGGUGUAUAAAAAAUAACUAUUGUACGUAAAUUACUCGGCGUAUGAACCAAAAAUUUUCAUAGUCGGAAAGAUCAGGCUUUUAGCUAUUGAAUGGCAUGUUUGUCAUGCCAAGUGGAGAAAAAAUAAGCAAAUAUUAGUCCAAUAAAAAAUGUUAGUCAGAAUCGCAUAUUUUCACCUCUGUGCCUAAUUAAUCACGAACUUAGGCCCGGUUUAGACGCCGUGCUUCUCAUGAGCCGAACUUAAUGUUAAUUAACUAAGUUCUUUGUUUAAGCUCAUUUGCAUUAAGUUCGGCUCAUGAAAAGCACGGCGUCUAAACCGGGCCUUACAUACAUACAUACAAAACUCUGAGGGGCAUGAAAUUACCUAUUUACAAGAAAUUAACUAUUUAUACAAAUACAGAAUUUUGGUUAUAAGGUUAUUGGUAAUUGGUAAUAAGGGGAAAGGUCUAUUGCCAAUUUCCACCUAUCGAGGAAAGUGUGCUUGCAGGUACAUGUAUGUACGAAUUUCCGUUGCAGCAGCGUGAAUUCAAAAGAGUUCAGAAGCCGAGAACUUUCUUUUGAAUUUACAGUGAAAGAAUGUAUCAGAAUGGCCAUGCACCUUGAAUAAUGAAUUAAACACUCCAAGUAGUAUUACAUAUAAUAAUAUACAAAUAAUGAAUGUCUAUGAGUGCAAUGGAAAGAAUAUUUUCAUGAGGUGAAAGAUGGAAUGUUCCAUUCAACGAGGCGACAGCCGAGUUGAAUGGAACAUUCCAUCUUUCACCUAAUGAAAAUAUUCUUACCAUUGCACGAAUAAACAUUCAUUAUUUGUUUUAUAUAAUACCAAAAUAGACUGAAUAGAUUCGUAUGAGAAGCAUUUUGACGGAUGCGAUUUAUCGAAAACACAAAGAGUGCAAUGGAAUAAAACGUAUAGUACAAUUGCACUCGCAUUCCAUUGCACUCUUGGGAAAUGGAAUUUUCUAUUCAAUAUCACGUGACCAUAAACAGCCAAUUAAACGAUCAGAAUUCAAUAAGGUAUUAUUGAAUUCUUAUUGAAUUAUUGAAUUCAAUAAGGUAUUAUUGAUCAGAAUUCAAUAAGGUAUUAUUGAAUUUCUUGGUUUAAACCCAAGAAUUGUUUAAACUAUAUAUAUAUAGUUUUUCGUUUUACCUCAAAAAAACAACAACAGUCUGUUUCAUCCGUAUAGGAAACCACCUGACGAUUCCUAUACGGAUGAAACAGACUGUUAAUUGUGGGUUUUUUUGAGGUAAAACGAAAACCUAUAUUACGCUCUAUAUCUAUACAUAUGCUUUUGAGCACUGUAUGUAUGUAUAUAUACGUCUUUUUUAACAGCCUGUUCGAACCAACACAUAUAAUAAACCCAAGAAUUGUUUGGAAUUUUUAAAACUUGGCUACAAUUCAGAUGGAUACUACCGUAUAUACAUUGGAAACACUGUUCAUACAGUCUACUGUGAUAUGAAUUCAGAAGGUGGAUCUGCCUGGACACUAAUUAUGUCAUAUGCUCUUGAAAGCAACAAAAUGUCAGAAUUUAAGAGAAAACCGUUGCAGGUGAGAUCACGUACAUUAUACAAAUGAAUUUCAUUUAGAACUGAUAAAGUACUCAAUAUAGUGACUACAGACGUACAUGUCAUGUCCUUCAUGGCGUUUAUCUUCGGCUGUAAGAAAGUCAAACCAUAUAUAAAGACUAUAUAGAAGGGCACUCCGUUUACUUCGCCAGGCAAGUAAGAUUACACAUGCAAAAAUCUCACAUCUUGUAACAACUGAAGUCUGCUAACAAGCCGUCAACAAGUUGUGUUCGCACUGCUUGUUAAUACUGACUUGUAACAACCUUGUUGAUAUUAUCAGACUUGUUGCAAGGUUGUUCCAACAAGUCCGAUGCAGUCAUGAUAUAUAACAAUUAUAUUGUUACAACCUUGUGUGGUCAACCUUGUAACAUUCUUGUUAUAUCAUGACUGUAUCAGACUUGUCAGAACAACCUUGUAACAAGUCUGAUAAUGCCAUCAAGCUUGUUACAAGUUGUUAACAGCUUGUUCCAAACUUGUUACAACAACUGGGUACAUGCAAGCAGUGCGAAAACUUGUGAACAGAUUUGUAACACUGACUUAUGCGUUUUUACGUGUGUAGCCUGCAAGCCAGAGAUCCACUGACCAGCGAGCCAGAACACCCGCGCGAGAGCUGGGCGUAGGCGGCGGAGUGAACUGGAAGCCAAGGAUUGCAGAAUAUAUAGUACGUCACUUUUUGGCACUUAAAGGGUAAUGGCAAUAAAAUUUUUUAUUGCUUUAUCUGAAAGAGCAUGAAAAAAUAAGUCGAUUGGCCGUUUACUGCUCUAUUCUAUCUCAUCUGGUUCCGAAGUUAUGCGCAAAAAUGUGCAAAAUAUAAAUUGCUGAUUCAGCACAACGUGUGACGUCAUUGGUAGGGUAAGUAUGUUUAAUGAAUAGUAAACUGAAGCAUAGCUCAGUUAUUAUUGGCUCAAAUCAAAUGACAUUUUGCAUACAGAUAGUACAUGAUGAGACGCAUGGGAAAAUACUUCUAAUUUUGUUGUCAAGGCAACGCAGUCGUUCCCAGGCCCCUUACACUGAUUUUGAAUAACUAGUUGCAUUUAUCUAUGUGUAUGUCAUUUUCGAAUUAUUAUCAUGCAAGUAAACUUUUCGCAUGCAUAGGUAUGGUACACAUACUUCUGACAUUAUUUUAUUCUUAUAAGUACCAUGAAUAAAGCCGUUUUAUAAAAUUGGCGCAAGGGGCCUGGGAACGACAUUGUUACCUUGGCAACAAAAUUAGAAGUGUUUUUCAAUGCGUCUCAUCCUGUACAAUCAGUAUCCAAAAUUUCAUUUGAUUUGGUCCCAUAAUAACUGAGCUAUGCUUCAGUUUAGUAUUCAUUAAACAUACUUACCCUACCAAUGACGUCACACGUUGUGCUGAAUCAGCAAUUUAUAUUUUGCACAUUUUUGCGUAUAACUUCGGAACUAGAUGAGAUAGAAUAGAGCAGUAAACGGCCAAUCGAUUUAUUUUUUCAUGCUCUUUCAGAUAAAGCAAUAAAAAAAUUUAUUGCCAUUACCCUUUAAGCUACAGGGUGUUGCCCAAUGGACCUAUUACCUAAUGAACAAAAUUUUGAUCUAGACAAAGUCUAGACAAAAAUUUCAUCACAGCUUGAAAGAGCAUCACAAAAUUAGUAAUAUUCCGAAGUUUCGUUGCGAAAUGUUGUAAAAUGCGUUGAGUAUAGCCCUGCGAAGUUUGCCGUGUUUCAGUCAUUUUGUAUUACGCACGGGAAAUUGAUACCUUUUUUCAGAAAGCGGUAUCAAUUUCCCGUGCGUAACACAAAAUGACUGAAAAAGGCAAACUUCACAGGACUAUAUUAUCCGCAUUUUACAACAUUUCGCAACGAAACUUUGGAAUAUUAAUAAUUUUGUGAUGCUCUUUCAAGCUGUGAUGAAAUUUUUGUCUAGACUUGUCUAGAUCAAAAUUUUGUUCAUUAGGUAAUAGGUCCAUUCCGUCACAAGCCAUGCACAGAGGCUAAUGAUACACACGCUCGACAACUAAUGCACAUGGGUUAGUUUUUGUGAGGGAGUACCACUAUUAGAUCAGUGGGGAGUACCCGAACAUCUACCCUGGUUGCCAGAGGUUCUCGUAUCUUUCGCCUAAAUACGAGCGGGAAUAAGGCGAAAGAUACGUCGAGAACCUCUGGCAACCAGGGUAACGGACAUCGAUCUCAGUGUGCAAGGAUGUUGCCCAAUUCAAAUAAUACUAAAUAUACCCUACCCUUGACAUACAGUGCUUACUCUUUUCUUUUGAAGGCUAACGCCCCAGUGAACGAGUUGUCUCCCAACUGGAACGCAUACCGCAUGGCUGUGACGGGAAUGAAACACCUUGCCUCUCUCUCUACUCACUGGCGAGCUACCUGCGACUUUCCGAACUAUGGCGUUGAUUACACCGACUAUGUGAGAGGAAAAUUCUCCGAUUUCGACAUCAUGACAUAUCGGGGUUCUGGCGCUUGCAAGAAAAUUGAAUAUGUCGACAUUCGAGGUAAUCGAUGCGUCCAUUGCACUGCCGGGUGGUGGCAAGAAUCGGGAAGAAGAAGUCCCCACAUGGUUAGUUCAUAUUCAGGGUGUCAGUUUAAUGGGAGAGCCGGUGCAGUACGAGGCGAAGAUAAUUUCAACUACUACGACGAUUUUAACAAAAAGUUCCGUUGCUCGUCCAGCCCUAAAGCAACAACAAAUUGGUGGUUUGGUGGAUAUCUUUAAGAAACAAACGACCGAGCUUUUCAAGGAAAAUAAAAACUUGUAGUUUUUCUGAUUAGAUAAUUUCAUUGCCAAUAUAUAUCCUUAUCGUAAGCCAAUUCUUGUAAUUUUGAUUUUGAAAUCAUAAAACUACAUAUUACAUCAAAUUCUGCAGUGCUUUUCAUUUUUAAGAAUUUAUAAAAUAUAUCCUUGGAUUUCAUAUGACGUCACAGAAGUGACGGGGGGUGGGGGGGCGGUCAACUCUAAAACAAAACACAGUUAUCAGAGUGAGUCGAUUGUUGGUUUUAUGUAUUAGCCUUGUGUUUGGUGGCAAAUAAAUGGAAUUUCGUAUUAUUUUCUCACUCCAGUACAGCAUAAGCAUCAAUACAUUUGAGGUUGACCCCCCGUCAAAUUCACUGCAUAAUGCCGUAGUGAAACCCAAGAAUUCCAUCACAUAUAAAGUAUCUACAGGCAAAUUAUCGCUCCAAAUGGUGCAGUGAAGUCAAUUACUCUGUUCUAUUAACAUUAGCAAGAUAACUACAUAUACUAUAUAUCUUAAUUUGUUUCAACGUUUUUCUUUUUAUAUACUUCUGAGCAUUUUAUACAUAUACAUAGAUAUUUUUACAGUAUAUUAUAAAUAAAUCAAUGACAACAAUUCUGUCACAUAUAAAUACCAAUGACACACACGUUUAUGUGAAAUGCAUUUCUUAACGAGGACACACGCAUUAGCAAUUGCAAGAAAACACAGUUGAGUUGGUAGAAUGUUGUGAUAGGCCUUUCAAAAUAGGGCGUUAACUCUCCCCUCGUAUCUGUACAUAAUUUCCUCUAUUAAGCGCACUUGGGGCUUAUUUUCUCUACUGGGUCUGGACUGGAGACUUAUCAAAAAGGGGGCUAAAUAAAUUUUCACUUUCUUUAAAAAGAUAAUGUUUCCAAAUUUAUACGGUAUCGUGUGACCGUAUGGUUUAACACUGUUACCCAUCUUAAGGUCAUGUUAUACACAAGGCAAUUUUUUGUGCAUCUUGCAAUGCAAUUUCUUUCUGAAAAAAAAACUUUGCAGGUUGCAUUGAAGUGUCACACCAGUGCAAGUUGUUUUGCAACCGGCAUAAAUAUCUGUUCCGUUUCGUGUUGGUUUAUCUUCAAAGACAUGCAGGGUACGUAUACAAGUUAAGAAAAGUAAGGGUUUUCAAGGCCAGAAAUCAGUAAAAAAAAGGGCCUUAAUUGAUCCUUGUCACUGUACUGAUGUCGAAAAUGCUAUCAACUCAACUGCAUAUAUCCAUGCAUGAGGGCAGUGUGAUUCGUUGCAAACACAAACCAUCUGAUCCAAAACAUGCACCACAGCAAUCCAAUCACACAUCUAGCAAGAAACAUCCUUCAUUAGGAAGGCGUCAACGACCUCUGUAGUACAACUGUCUUUGAGGAAGGCUCUGCAGGAAACAAACCGUGCGGAGACUCCAACUUCUGGUUGAGAACCUUGCUUGCCGCAGCUAGUUUCGACGUCGUGGAAAGGCUCUUUGGUAGUCGUAAUGAUGUAUCUUCAAAUGAUACUGAUACUGAAGUUGACAAGGUGCUGGCUAAGGAAGUUCCUUCUUCACUUUGUCUACUUUCACGUUUCUGUUUGCGCCAUUUUGCACGACGAUUCUUAAACCACAC